AUGUUUUUAAACACGACGAUGAUCGACCUCGAGAUUCAUUUUGAUGGUAAACAGAAUGCAAAAAGGCAGGCUUUCCCUUGGUCUGAUUCCUUAUCGCCUUGCUUGAAUACGUUUCCUUCUCGUGGACGAUCAGACUCCGAUCCUGUUCUCCUGUCAUACUUCGAACAUAUCAUAUGCAGCAGCUCUACCCUCGUUGACAAUGCCCAUUGCAAUCCCUAUCGCUAUCUUAUUCUGCCCAUGGCAUUACAGUCCGAGGGACUCUACCAUGCUGCUUUGGCCAUUUCAGCAAACACCCUCAAACUUUCGGACACGAAAUAUCGGUUACCGGCUUUGGAGCAUCACCAUCGCGCCCUUAAUCACCUUCGUGGUCUACUGAACAAAGAUGAUUGGGUCGAGGCAGAAAUAGAUGAGAUGUUAGGGCUAGUACUGAUGCUAUGCUGGUUUGAUAUAUCCGACAGCAGUCGUCCUUCUUGGGUCACACACCUAAACGGUUUCCAAAAUCUGAUUCGCACUCGAAAAGAACGUCCCGGUCGCUCACAUCACAGCCAAGAAUUGGAGAGUUUCUUCAAUCGCUACUUUGCCUUUCACCUGGUCCUUGCCAGAACAGCGUUCCGCGUCACCUCUACAUCCCAAGCACCGCCUAUUCUACCGGAUAGCAUACUUGAAGCAUCUGAUAUAAUUGAUCCAUACAUGGGCUUUAGCCCUGCUCUUCUAUUGAUGAUCAAUCAAGUGGCAGAACUAGCAUGGGCACGAGAUGGCCUGGAUGAGAUCAGUCGCAAAGGUGUUUAUCAACUGAAGGCGAACCUGGAUAACCUCCAACAAAAGUUGCCUGCGGAGCAUAUCGAUCCUGAUACAGAAUGUGUUGCGAUCGCAGAGGCUAACAGACUUGGGGCGCUUCUUUUUCUAUACGAGAUUUGUUUAACCAAAUCUGCCAGUUCUAAAAGCCCCAUCGCUUCACUUGAUGCAGAAGAGAGGAAUAUUUAUGUCAAACGCAUAUUGGGCUUAGUUCUGAAAAAGAAGGCAAACAUGAUGCGCACCGCGGUUUUGCCAUUAUGGCCUCUCUUCUUGGCGGGCUGCUGUGCUCACGAAGAGGAAGAAAAGGUCAUUGUUCUACAAUUAUUUGAGGAGCUGAACGGAAUCCGUCGAUUUGGAAAUAUUGCUCCUGCAGUUGAAGUGGUCGAGAUGGUCUGGCGACAGCGUGAUCUGGCUGUGCAGGAUGAAAGAAAAAGCCGGAGAGCGAAUUCAAAGAUAGAGAAAGAUCCGUUGCAGGGAGCUCGUUUUGUGUGGGAACACGCCAUGGUUAUGCUAGGUGGAUGGAAGCUCAGCUUGACAUAG